CUUACUUUCCUUCUUUCACUUAUAUAAAAUUAUCAAGAUUUCACUCACUUCCCCACGUGUGAUCUUUUGUUCAUAACCAGAAGUAAAAAUAGUGCUCUUCAUGGGCCUUUUCUUGAUCUCUGAUGUCUUCAGUCAGGAGUGCUAAAUAUAUAUGGUACUAGGCUUAUAAUUUUUAGCUGAAAUAUCGAUUAAUCAUUGUUACAAAAUAUGAUAUGUUUGAUCUACCUUUAUAUUUGGUUGUCAUUAUGAUCAUCUAGAUGAUGGGUUGGUAAACUCUAUUAGGCUGGGCCAAAUAUUAAUGUACAACACAUAUGGCCAACAAAUCUGCUGCUCAUGUUUUUCCUAUAUAUGCAACUAAUGCAGACACCACAAGUGCCACUUAUUCUUGUUCUUCCUCUAAACCUCCUCUUUGUUCACCAUCUUCGAUGAGAAUGAUUUUCUCAGACAUGGAUGCUCUGUCCAUCAACACUCCCAAGAGCUCCUUUGAGUAUGAAAAUGGAAGAACUUCUCAUUUUUCUGACCUUUUGGGUAAAAAAACUUACACUUCUAGGAACAAGUUUGAGGACUCUCACAUCCACAUCACUGAUCUUCAUGUUGGUAGUGAUCAGGGAAGAGUAGUGCUGCAUGAGUCCUCAAGUAGUGAUGGAACCAACAUUGAUCUUAAUGAUUCUUGUGGGCAGUCUAAGCUGUGUUCUAGAGGCCACUGGAGGCCUGCAGAAGAUAGUAAGCUCAAGGAUCUUGUUGCUCUUUAUGGUCCUCAGAAUUGGAAUCUUAUUGCAGAGCAGUUGGAAGGGAGAUCAGGAAAGAGCUGCAGGCUGAGAUGGUUCAACCAACUGGAUCCAAGAAUCAACAGAAGGGCAUUCAAUGAAGAAGAAGAGGAAAGGCUAAUGGCAGCUCACAGAUUAUAUGGUAACAAGUGGGCUUUGAUAGCCAGAUUGUUUCCUGGAAGAACAGACAAUGCUGUGAAGAACCACUGGCAUGUCAUCAUGGCCAGGAAAUAUAGAGAACAGUCCAGUGCUUACAGGAGGAGAAAAAUGGGCCAAACUGCUUUUUCCACAGGCUCAGAGCCUUUAGCUUCACAACCAUGCCAUAAUAACACUAAUGUUGUGAAUAAUAUCAGAGAAUUUGGAAGAAAUCUCUCUGCUUCCAGCAGCUCAUAUGGAUCUCCCCACAUGGCAACUAUGUCAAACACUCCCAUCAAUCCCCCCUACACUGCUUUCUACUCACCUGGUCACAAAAGCACUUACUUUUAUCCAUCACAACAACAAUGCCAUCCUCCUAUCAUGAUGAUGAACUCAAAUGCAGUGCAACAAUCACACUCAAACUAUCACAAACCAGAGCUAGAAGCAAUGGCAGCAACACCAAGACCAGCAUUUCAAGAUUUUCCCAUCAGUCAUCAUGAACAGUGUUACACAUCCUCAGCAUCAGUCAUGGAGGAAGAGGACAGAUACAGAAAAGGAAACCAGUUUGAGAUUAUCAAUGCACCUCCAUUUAUAGACUUUCUUGGAGUUGGAGCCACUUGAAUAAUGAUAAUCAGUCACUUAAACUGAGAUAAGCUGAAAAAAAAGGAGCCUUUGGUGCAAAAACUUGGCAAUCUGGUACAUGGUACAUGGUACAAAGGUAAGAAAUGUUGCACUUAAAAAGCCAUUUUUCAAGAAAUGUUGUAGGAGUUGGCAGAGAAUCUCAAUGUGUAUUGUUGCUUAACAGUAUUAUAAAUCUGAGUUACCUUGCUAUAUUUAAGUAAAGUGAAGCAGUUGUCUUUCCUUAGUUUGCAUCUACUACUAAUCAAAAGUUAAAAGUGUAAAGUUGAAACAU